AUGGAGCGCGCCGACUACCUCCCACCGGAGAGGCUGCGCGAGCUGGCGACGGCGAUCGACCCGGCGAUCAGGCUCGAGCCCGACGCCGAGCAGGUGCUGCAGGACGUCGCGGACGACUUCGUCGAGAACGUUGCUGCGUUCGCCUGCCAGCUCGCGUCUCACCGCGGGUCACGCACUCUCGAGACACAAGACGUGCAGCUGGCUCUCGAGAAGCUGUGGGACAUACGGCUGCCCGGGAUCGGCGAAUCGUCCGCAGAGCUGCGCCUGAUCCAGCGGAGGCCGCAGGCGCACUCGGACGCGUACAAGCAGCGCAUGCAGCUGGUGCGGAAGAGCCAGUCCAAAGUGUGA